UAACGUGUGUGUUUGUGUUUCAGACGGAGGAACCUCUCAGUUCGGUUUCCUGGAGCUCUCUCAGAGUCAGGAUCUGCGAGGGGAAGUGAACAGUCAGGAGGACGAGGACGGCGUCCCUCAGCCAGACAGCGAGACACGCGGUAAAUUAGCGGCGGAGCAGAACAUCAGCUGCAGGACUUCAGAGAGUCGGGACAACAAAGCAGUGAGAUCGGAGGUGAGCUCCAGCAGCUCGCUGGAGUCUCCGGGUCAGUCGGGGAGGCAGCUGAGCGUCCAGGCUCUGCUGCACUCGCAGAGCGUCCAGGCCUCCGGACAGCAGGACCAGCAGGACUGUGAGAUCCUGUCCUCACAGGAGGACAUGUUUGACGCUGACAAGACAGGUGCUGCGGUGGACAGCACGGUGUCCGAGCCGGAGCAGCAGGGUCACCCCACCCCGACCCCGGCCCACACCCUGCGUCUGCUGCAGCUGUCGGGACAGGGAACGCUGGUGCAGGAGAGUCUGUCCCAGAGCUCUGUUGACUAUGUCGCUCCGACCCAGGAGGACUUCAGCCACACCCCUUUGAUCGUUCCCAGCUCGCCGACCGGACCGGAGAAUGAAGACGGUGCUGAUGAGCCGAUGGACACUUCGCUGCCCCCGGACGACCGAGCGGAACAAGAAAAAGAAGAACCGAUGGAAACGGAGGCCGUCUCUAAGCCACAGCCGUCCGCCUCUACUCCUGUUUCCCAGAACUCCCCUGGUUUUGUGUUGGAGCGAACUCUCUCGAUACCCUCCCAGCCAGACUUCUCUCAC